CUACAUUGUCCUAAAAGGAGUGACGCGUAAUCCAUAUGAUACAUUCUCGUAUGGACAUAAAUUAAGGUAAUGAGUAUCUACGGGAAUGUAUCAUGCAGAGUACGCGUCACUCCACUUGAGAAUCUCACCGUUGCACUGAACCAAGGUAACGACGACACUACACUAUUCAUCUUCAUUCUUUUCAAUAUUUGAUACUAUUUCUCAUCAUUCAUUUGUUUCCCCCUUCAAUUCAUCAUAAUGUUCAAGUUCAAUUCAUGGCGCCAUAAAACCCUAAUCUAUUAUCUCAAGGGAUUAACAUUACAAUCCCCAAACCCUAACCCUUUUUUCCAACAUUACCCAUUACCAUUUUCUCUGCAUUUCUCCACCACUACUUCCGAUGAUUCAACCUCAUUUGCAGCCUCCUACCUCAUCAACAAUCUUGGGUUUUCCACACAAUCUGCUUCCAAACUCUGUUCCACUUACAAUUUUACUUUCAAGACUGCCCAAAACCCUGAUUCUGUUCUCCACGUCUUUAGAAACCAUGGUUUCUCAGAUUCCCAACUUCGCCAUAUGAUUGCCAAGUUACCAGAACUACUUUCCUGCAACCCCUCCAAAAGGGUGUUGCCAAAGUUUCAAUUUUUUCUCUCCAAAGGUGCAUCUAAGUCUGACAUUGUUAACCUUAUCAGUCAGAACCCUAGAAUCUUAUCUCCAAGCCUGAACAAUCAUAUAGUUCCAACCUAUGAAUUGGUUUAUAGAUUCUUGAAAUCUCAUAAGGAGACUAUUGCUCGUGUAAUUCUUAAUUCAGCUUUUCAUGGAGACUAUCAUGUCCCUUCUAACAUCAAAUUGCUUAUUGAGAACGGAGUGUCUGAGUCAAACAUUGCAAGAUUGCUUCGGAGCUGGCCCCUGGCAUUGCGGACACGAUACAACAUGGUGAAGUUGGUGGAGGAAUUAAAGGAUUUAGGGUUUAAUCCUUCAAAAACAACUUUCUCAAUAGCAGUGGUUGCCAAAACAUAUGCAAGCGAAACCCGGUGGAAAGAGAAAGUAGAUGCUUUUAAGAAAUGGGGUUGGUCUGAUGAAGAUGUUGUGAAUGCAUUUAAAAAGCAGCCUUACUGUAUGUUAGUAUCAAUUGAUAAAAUUAAUUUAUUGAUGAAUUUUUGGGUCGAACAGUUGGGUUGGGAUCCUCUUGUCCUCGCCAAAGGACCGUCACUUUUUUUGUUAAGCUUGGAAAAAAGGAUCAUUCCUAGGGCCCAAGUAGUGCAAUUUCUGCUGAAGAAAGGUCUGCGAGAAAAGAAUGCAAGCUUAACUUCUCCAUUUAUAGACAGCAAUAAGUUGUUCCUUGAUAGAUAUAUCAAACGUUAUAAGGAGGAGUCAUCUUAUCUAUUAAAGCUUUAUGAAGAAAAAUUUACUCUUGAGGACAAAACUGAAAUGUCAUGAACAAAUUUUCAGUUUAAUCUAGUUCGGGGGUCAGUUCUGACAUCCAGUGGUUCCAGCCCCCUCCCGAUCGCAGUUGCAGGGGUUCGAACCGUGGUCCUCUCUACCAAGUUCAGCUCAAUCACCACUGAACCAACUAACGAUUGGUCUGGUUGUAAUGUUUUUGUUCAUUGAAAAACUUAUCAUACAUGCCGGAGAAUAUAGUUGCAUUCAUGUUUACGUAUCUCUCUCCUUAAUUUUGGUGCAAAAAGCAUGAUUUUAGGUUUUAUGGAGAAAGUGGAUUACUUCUUUCUGUUAGUUUAUAUCCAGUCUAAGUAUAUUAUGGAUCUCAUACAUAAGAAUGUGAAAAUAAAAAGGAUAUAGCUCUGUCUAAGGCGAGGAAACUUAUUAGAUUUCAUGUACUUUCAAAAUGUGUUAUGUGUUCCCUGAUUGAAUGUAAAUUGUUGGGUGACUUGUGUCCGUAAACCGCCAAAAUUUAAAAAAAAAGCCUAAGAAGUUACAUAGAUUUGAACCACAAUUUUCUUUGCUUCUGCAGCUUCUUUCUUUCACUAUGCUCACACAAAGAACAAGGUUGGCGAGGAGCUACCAAGUUUGUCAUAUCCGACCAGAGGAAGUUGGUAACUAGAACCUUGGUCAAGAUGAGGAGUGAGAAAAGUGUAUUCUGAAUUGCUUAGUUGGAAGAAAUAUUUAGAGGGUAUGACUAUGUAUAUGCAAGUUGGAAUUUCGACAACUUCUUGAAUUUCUCUUUAGGAUGUUGUGGUAAUAGAAAUGACCCCCCUUCCUGAUUUUCCUCUUACAAUUCUUUUUUUUUCUAUAAAGAAUAGACUAAUUUGAAACUGUA